AUGGGACACGCAAAGAUCAAUCGUGCAUGCGGCACCUGCAGAGUUCACAACUUGACCGAGGUGCUCGACAUUGUCGACCAGUGGCCCGCCUACCAACAUUCCAUGACCAACCCCGAGCGGGCAGGCGUACAAGCGCCGCAUCCGACGCACGCACGACGCCAUACGCCUGGAGCUGGCCGGCCCCCGGUGCCCCGCCUCGGACGCGCAGGGACCGCCGACCUCGUCGCCGUUGAUCGGCUGCUGCUCGAGGCCGCCUGGGCGCAGGACGACCUGCUGGCCGACGCCCAGAGGCUCGACUACAGGCUCAAGCUGAGCGGCGUCAUCAACCUCGCCAUGAUACCGCCCAGUUUUGUUUCACAAGUAAAGCCUUUGGCCGAGUUUUUAGACGCUUUGGGUAAGGGAUCCCAAAACAAGCAGAAGCCCUCCGGUGGCAAGCUUUUGCACCACUACUAUCUCUUACGCCCAAUACUUGUCCUAUUUGUUACCACGGCCAUGCUCGCCCUCCAGGUCACGGCCAUGUUCGGCCGCCGGCGAGACGGCAGGAUGCCACCGUGGGAAUGGGUUACUUGGAAAGACUUUUGCAGAUUAACUCUAAAGAAGGGCGAUGAGAUUCAAAGCCAGUCCAAGUGGGUUGCAAAGCCGGGUCCUAUCGGCAUCCUUAUCCAGCCGGGAGUUUACGAAUCGUUCAAAACCGACAAAGAUUGCAACCCCAAAAUCAGACGCGGCAAGCUGCCAGACGGCUACACGCUCCAUGGCCAGUUAAAAUAUAUUACCCCCGAUUUAGCUUCAAUGUAUAACCGAGUGCUCGAUGACACAAAGUGGUGGCCGUUCGACUCACAAGAAGCGCCUCAAACUUCAACAACGGUAGAAAAGUCGCUUUAA